UUAUUCUAUAAUCUGUUUUUAAGAAUAAUUAAUGUCAGUUGUCAACUGCGUCAUUCUGUCAGACUGUAGUAUGAGAACAUCAUAUCGUUCGAUUUACGUCAAAAAUUAAGUUUAAAAUAGAUUACAAUAAUUAUUUUCUUAGCAUUCGAAUUUGAACAUAACUUUUUAACUAUAAUGUGUUAAAAUAGUGUCUUUAUAGCCCAGACAGCAUGUUUUUAUGACAUUAUUCAACCCUAAUUCUUGUGAGAUGUCUAAGGCUGUGCUUAUCCCGGAAUGCAACAAAGACUUAGGGGGAGUUAAAGGAGAGUUGAGUGUCUCUCCCAAUGAUAAAAAAGACGGUGCCAUUGGACUGUUAAGUAGGCUGCUCCGUUUUGAUGCUCUAAGUAAAAGGCAGGGAGCGCCUGAUAGUCCUACAUCUGAUGAACCACCGACUACGUACUAUGGAGUGUAUAUACCUUGCGAAUUAAAGAAAGGUCCUGAUGAAGCUCUUCAUGUGUACAAAACUAAGUCAGAGGCUUUAGAAUUAGUUCGAAGGUAUAAAUCAGCUAGGUUUAAGGUAUUUAGGAAUCAUCAAGAUGCCUUAUCUUUUGCAUUACGUGGAGCUGAAUCUAAUGAGAUUCAUGAAGGAAAUGUCAACUCUGUCAUGGGAGAAAAACCAUACCCGUUUAAGGCACCAUCACCCCAAGAUAUGGUAUCACUCCGCAAAGCUAUUGAGGCAGGGUUGACUUGCACAGUACGAGACAGAGUUUGGGACAACCCAAGAUACCUGGUUAGCAGUGGCAAUACUCCAGCAAUUGUUCAGGAAGGAUCCCGUUACAACGCCUUACACGUAGCAGCAAAAUCCCUUAAUGCUGAAAUAUGCAACCUUCUUUUGACAACAGUGGGAAACCCCGCCUUCGUGCAAACCUUGUAUGGCGCUGAUUCCGAAGCAGAGUCUUGUAAGGAAUUCGCUGGUAUUUUAGUGGACCGCUACCUCAACACACCAGACAAGGCGAUGAACGAGACUCCUCUGCAUUUCGCAGCUAAAUUCGGAGCGGAACACGUCGUCGAUGUGCUGACGUCAUUUCCGCAAUGCAACAAACUCGCCACGAACAAGUAUGGGGAAAUGGCUAAAGAUAUAAUCUGUAACCGCGUCUCCAACGCAAAUGCGGAUUUAGUCCGGCGUAUAUCCGUAAUGCUAACGGAGCGGUACUACGUACCGGUGGUGCACGCGGAGGACGAGACGAGUCCGCCCACCAUCGGGAGACCUUUCACACCAGCUGCGCCUCCUGAUUUAAAUCGCGAUCCACUAUCACCUCGGUUCGAGAUCCGGGCUUUCGCGGGUCCGAUGGAGGAGAAUGAUGCUGAAAGCUUCCGUCGGAGGUGGAAAACACCUCCGCGAUCUAUCAAACCCAAAUUCAGACUCAGAGAUAUGUCUAAAGGCCUCGAAGCUGUUGGAAGGAACUUAGCCGAACAAAUGAACGUCACGUGGAAGGAGUAUUGGCCGUUUUUAGACACGUUCACAGACCUCCGGACCCCUGAAGGGCUCAAUUUACUAGAAAACUAUCUGAGCGCGAAAUUCAAGAUGGCCUCCUUCGUGGAGGCUUCGCCCCCCGAGAUACCCCUCAGCACGUCGAAAGAAGUGUUGAGCCCCAUUUCAGAUUUGUGCAAUGCGAUGAAAUCGUGUAAUUUAAGCGACAGGCCAUAUUGGAGCAGGACGGAUCCGGUGAGACAGAGAAUGUGUCGACAACCUAAUGCGAGGGCUACAACGAACGGGGACACAUUCCACAUGAACCACACGGUCAGCCAACUGCUUUGCAUAGAAAGGACCUGCCAAGUGUUCGCUAAACGCAUUGCGGAUGCGCUCAUUUUCUCUCUGACAGCGGAACCGGAAGUCGCCGGCGAUUCCCUCAAGUCGGAAGCCACGCACCUCCUCAACACGAUGCUGACCUACAUGGACGACGAAAGGUUCCAGGGUAUCGACUUCGCGUUGACCCAUUGGAGGCUCGCUCAGCUGGUCGUCUUCAAACUGCGGCAGAGGAUCGAUUCGGACGACGUCAGCUCUCUGUUGGAAUUUCUGGGCAGGACGAGGUGUCCCGACGACGACGUCAGCUCGGACGAUGAGAAGGCGCAUCGGAGGAAGACGGGGAAGGCGGUGGAGGCUCACGUGAAGUGCGUGUCGAGCUUCAUCGCCGAAGAGCUGGAGGGCGAGGGGAGCAAGGGGCCCGCGGUUUCAGACCUCGAGUGUGCCGACAUUUGGAGUAAGGCGGAGAAGUGCAGAUGUGAAUGGAAGAUGGAAAUGUUUGAGAGGAAUAGUAAAAAGAACGCUUCGUUCAGAAAGAACAGGUCGAUUCUCUCCAGUAGUCCUAAGAGUGACGGCUUCAUUAGAAGAUUAACAUUCGACCACGAUAUAGGCGACGGCAAGCUUCAAAACAUAGAAAACGUAGAGAAGGAGCCACAGAAUAUGAAUUCGCCAGGAGGUGACAACGUUCCUACUGUUUUUACUGUGGACGUUGCCAAAUGUCGAGUUGUGGAUGCAGAGAUAUCAGACGACGAUUCGGACUCGGAAGAGGCCUAUUUGACUGCGCCGGAGUCCCCCGAGAGCUCCGACGACGAAAUGUUUGACGCCAGCGAUCGACCCUUCAUCGAAUGCUUCAUAAAUGGCGAGGAGCCAACAAAAAUAGACCGUCAAGUGUUCGAAGCGUUGUCCGAUUGUGCAAUAUCUUCCGAAGAGUUUCCUAACAUCUUCCGUUGGCGACAUUGCAUUGGACUCUUCUCGGAACAGGAGAGGGAGAGUUGGCAGACAACAUCGAACCCCGAUGGCAGCAUAGUGUCCUCGAUAUCCUGGAGUAUUUGCAAUUCCCCCCGAACGCCCCUGUCCACCCCCGGAAGACCCCAAACGCCGGGAACACCCAACUGGCCCCUCACCCCGGGGAGCCCCGUUUGCAGUACCCCACAGAAAGGGCUGUCAUCACCGGGGAGCAGGGAAGACAGAAAUCCAUCCUUACAGGUAUCAAACUGGCUUCGGGUGACGGGACCGAAUUCUCCCCGAGCGACGCUGACGAGUAAAAACGUCAGUCACAACGUGAGCUUUGGGUUCUAACACCCGCCUUCUAUUCAUUUUGACAUUCAUAACAAUUAUUAUUUGAAAUAUUUCAAAAUCCCAAGUCUGUUACGUAUUUUUAUUUUAUUGCCUUGACUUAGGUUUUUUGAACUAAAUAAUAUUACGGAAGCCCCAUGGGCAAGAUAUUUUUGACAAUCUUUCAUUCUUCUUUGCAUUAGCGCUUUGGGUCUACAUAUACAAGGUGUUUAGUUUCGUGCUAUAUUUACUUAGAUGAUGUGUUAUUAUUGACGCUAUAUAAGAAUUUUUGAAAAAAACUAUGUUGUAAGUUAAUUUGAAAAAUAUUUGUUUGUUAAAGAAAAUUGUAAACAUAGUUUUUAAAAUAUAAUAUAACGUCAAGGAUUUUGAAUAUUUUGUUGAGCUUAAAGUAAAUGUAGAAAGUCCUAGAAACUAGAUAUCUUGUAAAGACCAUAUUUUGUAGUAGAAUUCACGAGGUUUAAAAACUUUGAAAUUGGUUUUGAAAGUGCUUCGUUUCGUAGCUUUCGCUAGAUUUUAUUCAAAUUCCACUUAAUUUGUAUUAAUACGUGAAACGCGAAUUUUCGGAAGUAGAAGAGUUAUAGUAAUAAUUGGUUAUAAGAAUUAGUUUUUAAUGAGAAUUUAUCAUUGAAUCCUUUUGGCACUCGACAAAGCUUCUCACCUAUUGUUUAAUAAGAGAAAUUUUAUGACAAAAGGUAAAUAGAAAAAAUAUCUAAAUUUUAACCAGUGUUUAAGAAAGUUAUGACGUUUCACAGUGAUACUAACGUUAGUUCUAAAAUUUAAUUUUAACAAAAAUGACUCCGCUUAUAGUAUCCAUAGGCUGUUUUAUUAUUUGAUAUUAUCGUAUCAAAUGUGGGAAUGUCCCAUAUUAAAAUACUGAUACGACUCUUUCGCCUAUGUGUACUCUAAGAACUUUAGGUAAAUAUAAUCUCAGCUCCGACUACACAAAAGCCACUACUUUAGAAGCUCUAAAACUUUGGAUUAAAAAGAGACAGCUAUAUUUUUCAAUCUCUGGCUUUUGUGUAUUCGGGCAUCUUUAUUUGUGUUGUUGUGUCCCUUUAAUUUUGAUUUACGCCUUCGGUUAAAAUAUACGUUUUGUGUUAAAUAUAAACCGAAGGCGUAUCUCGAUCGGGUUCUAUGUUCCGGUCAAGUUUUAAAUGUCAAAAAAUAUUUUCAUAUACUUUUAUAGUAGAAAUGUUAUUUUAUUUCUUACGAGAACUAUUUCCUACGAAUGGUCGAGGGAAAUAGUUCCUCGGUGCCCCGGCAUCGAAAAAAUAAGUAAUAGAACAAUUUGAUUGAACAUAGCGCCCUCUUUGCAUUUCUCAAAUUUUAUGUUAAAGUUGAUCAGUUGACAAUAAUUGUUCGCAUUCAUUAGCAUUUAAUGUUUUUUUUGGAAAUGACGAAAAGUCGCCCUCGGGGGACUUCAGAUGAAUGUUUGUACUUUUAUAAAACUAUGUAUAUAAAUUUACGAAAUAAAUUAUGAUUGGUU